AUGUUGGUUUCUCACCUCCUUUUUGGCCUCUCCCUGGCCCUUUUUGCACAGGGAUAUUCCUCCAAAGACCAUGAUGACCGCAUAAAGACAGCGUUGGCCAUGGAUACGUCCGCGACAGGGGCUAGCACCACACCCGAUGGCCGCGUCUUCCUAAUUCUCCCGCAUGUCGACGGCACAACCGGCCCGAAGAUUGUCGAGGUUGUCGGCAGCAAGCACACGCUUGUACCAUACCCCAAUGUCCAGUGGAAUUCGUGGAAAGCCAGUACCGACAGUGCCGCGGACGCGGGGACCAAAUACGUGUCGACGAACGCGCAGCGCGUGGGCCCAGAUGGCAAUCUCUGGGUGGUUGAUAGCGGCAUUCCUAGCCAGUUCCUUAACUCGUCCAAACUGGUCUCGUUCAACCUGACCACCAACGAAGUAGAACGCAUAUAUUACCUAGGCGAUGUGGUCACCAAGGACGGCUUGCUCAAUGACGUGCGUUUCAAUGGCAAGUUCGCCUACUUGACCGAAUACGCCAUCGGCUCUAUUAUUGUGCUGGACUUGGAGACAGGGGAUGCACGUAUGGUACUCCGAGGAGACACAUCUACAGUCGCUGUGAUUCCUGAUUCAGCCGACGGCCAAUUCCUGAUCUCUUCCACAACUGGCCAGCCCCAGUACAUCCAUGCAGAUCAUCUCGAGGUGUCCCCCGACGGUAGGUAUUUCUACUAUCAACCAGGUAGCGGCUAUAUGUGGCGUCUCGAGACCAAGUAUCUCAACGAAGCUCUGCACAACAAGACAACAGCGGACUUAUUACCAACCUACACUAAGCCCUUCUCCCUUACGCCCGCUACCGGUGGCACCGCUAUCGAUGCUGAAGGCAACAUCUAUUACAGCGACAUCGACCGCCACGAGAUCCGCUACAUCGCACCCAACAGAAUUACAGCUCUACUGGUACGCGAUUCAAGACUGGAAUGGGUGGAUGCAAUGUGGGUGGAUAACCACCAGCGCUUGUGGAUGUGCGCUUCACAGCUGAACCGUGGCGAUCUUUUCGUUCAACCAAACAAUCAACCAAGCACUAUUACAAAGCCCGUUUAUAUCUACACUAUUGACAUCGGCCACAACCCAUCUCCUAUUGACCAUGCUUGA